GCUACUGGUGUGGCCACGGGGAUUCUAGGCGGCUGGCUGGGGGGUCGCUGGAAGAUGUCGGUGAAUUUUCUAUAUAUGAGUUUAGCGAAUUGGGGGCUUUCAUACUUUUGCCGUUUGGCUUCGACUUGUUUGGCUACCAACUGGACACCCGACACACUUAUUGUCUGGGGUCACUGGGUGUUCUCAUUUUUAAGAGGAAAUUUUUUCUUAAUUUUGUGUUUUAGUCAAUUAAAAGCUAACUGUUAGAUUUAAAACCAGAAAAUUAAUAGUAUUGGCGCCACUGAUGUUUUAUGAGCAUGGAAUGCAUGCAAUAUCACUUGGACAGUGGAGCACUAUAAACGUAAAGUGUAUCAUAAUUUUAUUUCUUUUCCCCAAUAUUAUUGCACUAUUCUAACUCAAACAUCAUGAUGACUUGAAAAGUUAACAUUCUAAUAUGAUGUAUGUAAAUAAAGUUUUUGUAAAUCAUGAUUAGUUUAUUGUAUCAUAGUUUGCACUUGUAUAUUUAUUGUUAUAUUUUUAUAAUAAGCAAAAUUAAGAAAAUCAACAGUUUUAUUAAAUUAGUUUUAAUACAAAAGAAACAUACUAUUGCUAAAGCACACUUCAUCAUGUUAAUAUUAAGUACAGUAAUUUCUUUGACACUUGAAUUUUGAAUUAUAUUUCCUGUUUUCCAGAGUUACAGUAUGAAUAAAUGGUAACUAUUUAAUGCAAGUCAACUAUGUCAACGAACAGCACUGGAGGUGGCGGUAGAGGUGGUGGCUCUGGCCGGGGCUGGAGGGGAAGAGGAAGUGGAGGAUGGAGAGGAAGAGGAGGAGGAUGGAGAGGAGGAGGAGGAGGAUGGAGAGGAGGAGGUGGUGGUGGUUGGAGAGGCAGGGCAGGAGGAAGUUGGAGAGGAACCAACAAAAACAGUCGAGGUGGAGGUAUGAUGCCACCACCAAACAUGUGUAGGAUAUCGUCUCAGAGUUCUCAGUGUGCCGAUGUGUCGAGACUUGGAACAUCACAACAGCGGAUCACCUCACUGCUGCCACAGACACCCACACCAUACAAGGGUUGGCAACUUUACAUGAAUGAAGGUUAUAGUGAGGGAUCUGAAGCUGUAACCUUCGUUAAAGCCUUUGAAAAGUAUUUCCAUCAGAUUCGGCCUUCAAUGCAGCGUGAGGAUAUUGAGGAACGUCGUGCUUUUACUGUGAAUCUUGAAAUGCUUUUGGCUGAUGAGAUGAUCAAGAAGAAAAUACCUGAAAUAUCAGACUUAGUAAUCACUGCUCCAGACAGAAUAAUAAGUUGCCUUGGUCUUGCAAUGCAUCAGCUUCUAACAGAAGAAGUUGAAACUGAACUGAAACGUGAAGCAGCAGAAGUAUUAGCAGAAGGGUCAGAGGUAGCAGAUAAUACAGCUUUAGAUGACCUUCUUCCAGAGGCUAAUCUACCUUUAAUUCAUGCUCGACUUGUUAAUCAGACUAAGUUGACGAAGCUCAAGAAUCUUAAAGCCAACUGCUAUGGCAGACUUGUGAGUGUCAAAGGUACAGUUGUACGUGUGAGCAGCAUUAAGCCAUUAUGUACCAGACUGGCUUUUACCUGCAUGGGAUGUGGCAGCGUACAGGGAGUUAACCAGACUGAGGGCCGAUACACUGUGCCUACAUCUUGCAAUGUUCAAGAUUGCAGAACGAGAUCAUUUUUGCCAGAACGCUCGCACAAGCUGACACACACAGUGGAUUGGCAGCAUUUCAGAAUACAAGAGAUUAUUAGUGAUGAUCAGAGAGAGGGAGGUCGUGUUCCACGCACAAUUGAAUGUGAAGUUCGAGAAGAUCUUGUCGACUCGUGUGUUCCAGGGGAUAUGAUCACUAUUACUGGAAUUGUCAAGGUGAGCCAGAGCCAAGAAGGCCGAGGAAACAAGGGAGACAAAUGCAUGUUCCAGUUAUACGUUGAUGCCUCGUCUGUCACCAAUUGCAAGGCUGGCAAUGAUUCUGCAUCAGCAGUUGGCAUCGAGUUCAGCAUUAAGGACUAUUAUGCUAUUCAGGAGAUCCAAGCACAACCAAAUCUCUUCAAAUUAUUGGUAGGAUCCCUUUGCCCGGCAAUAUAUGGACAUGAGCUUGUUAAAGCUGGUUUGAUUCUCUGCCUUUUUGGGGGUUGCACCAAGUGUGGUCAUGACCGUGUGCCUGUACGAGGUGACCCUCACAUUCUUGUAGUGGGCGACCCAGGUUUGGGGAAAAGCCAAAUGUUGCAGGCAUGUGCUAAUGUUGCACCGAGAGGUGUGUAUGUUUGUGGAAACACAACCACAACUUCUGGCUUGACAGUCACUCUGUGUCGAGAGGGAGGCUCCGGAGAUUAUGCUUUGGAGGGAGGUGCCUUGGUUUUGGCCGACCAGGGAGCAUGUUGUAUUGACGAGUUUGAUAAGAUGAGCAAUCAACAUCAAGCACUGCUAGAAGCCAUGGAACAACAGUGUAUUAGUAUAGCAAAGGCAGGAAUUGUAUGUUCGCUUCCCGCCAGAACGUCCAUACUUGCUGCUGCCAAUCCUGUUGGUGGCCACUAUAACAAGGCCAAGACAGUCUCAGAAAAUCUGAAGAUGAACAGUGCACUUCUCUCAAGAUUUGACCUUGUCUUCAUACUUUUGGAUAAACCUGAUGAGGAGUUGGACUGUCUUUUAUCUGAGCACGUGAUGGCUCUCCACAGUGGCACGGGAGGAAAAGCAGGCGAGGUCCAUGGAAGAGGAAAGAUCAGGAAACAAGACCUAUUAGACACCUCUAGUAUUCUUGAUGGAGAUAAGUCUUUGAGAGAGUGCCUUAAGUACCGUAGUGAUGAGCCAUUUGAUCCUGUUCCUCACCAGCUCAUGCGCAAGUAUAUUUGUUAUUCACGAAAAUAUGUACAGCCACGACUCACUCCUGGUGCAGCAAAGGUACUUCAGCAAUUUUAUCUUGACCUUCGGCAUCGUCACCAGAGUACCAACUCGACACCCAUUACAACAAGACAGUUGGAAUCGCUCAUUAGGCUGACAGAAGCACGAGCUCGUUGUGUGUUACGAGAAGAGGCCACUGAAGAUGAUGCCAGAGAUGUUGUGGAGAUUAUGCGUUUCUCUAUGAUGGACACCUUUUCAGACGAGUUUGGUCUUCUUGAUUUCCAGAGAUCUCAACAUGGCUCAGGAUCUAGUAAUAGAGCUCAGAUGAAAAAGUUUGUGGCAGUUCUCCAAAAGAUGUCAGACAAGACCUACAAAUCCAUGUUCAGCAUUGAUGAGAUGAGGCAGUUAGCUCGCCAAGCAAACGUUCAAGUUGGAGACUUUGGAGACUUUAUUGCAAGUCUCAAUCACCAGGGAUAUUUGUUGAAGAAGGGUCCUAAAGUGUACCAGCUCUUAACUGCAGAUUGUUAAUACAGCAAUCAUUUAAAGUCAGCUGUUUGAAACCCAACCUAACCAGAUUGCCUGUAGAUGCAAGACUUCAAAUGAUAGAAUGUGUUCCUGGACCACAAAAAAAUAAACAUUAAAAAACUC